AUGGAUAAUGAAAAAGAAUCGGAAUUAAGUAGAGAUCGCAGGUAUAGAUCGGUUAGAGCUUAUAGAUCGAAUGCAACUCCAAUUGAAAAAUUGGAGAACCUUAGGCAAGCAUGGAGAUUGAUAUGGGAUUUGGAAAAUUAUGGGCCAGCUGGUUUGAUUCAUUUAGCUGCUUUAGCUUAUGUAACUGGUGCACCCAUAAGAAUAUGGGGUUCCGGUCAUGAACUAAUGCAAACAAUUGGUGAAAAUGAACGAGGUACUCCAAUAGAUAUAGAAUAUCAUACGAACAAUCAAGAAGGGCAUUGGACCUUUCGGGGGAGAGGUCAACCAGAAAAUAUUCACCAUGAUUUAAACAAUUGCCUUUUUUCUGUAAUCGCCGAGCAAACAGGUAUAAAUGCCUCCGAAUUGAGGCAAGAAACUAUCAAACAGCUGAAAAGAAACGUAAGAUUACUGGCAGAUUAUAUGAACGAAAUUAAAUGGCUUGAGAAAAACAAUAAAAUAGUUUUAUUGAUCGGUGGCGCUCGUUAUACCGGUACAACACCGGAAGAUGCUAAAGUCAUUUUAGAUGAAUCAGAUAAUAAAGAGUGCUUUGAAUAUAAUGUACUUGGUCAUCCUAGAAAGCAUGCCGUUGGUUCAUCAGGUUUUACUAAUUGUACUGAAAGCGACCAAAAAUUUAAAAGUGUUUUUCUUAGCAGCGAUGAUCAAGAUCUUGCCGCACAUAUUGCGUUGUCUAGUCCUGCUGCUCAAGAAGCUAUGCAAAAAUUGAACAAAGGUUCAAAAACCGAAGUAGUUCAUAUAAUGCUAAAAGAUGUGAAUGAUCCGAGGCUAGCUCUUCAAAAAGGCAAAUUUUUUAAUGAAUGUAAGGAAGUAUCGAAUGAAAAGGAUAUAAAAAAACUGGUACUUGUUCUUCGACACCAUAAAGGAAGAGAAACAGAUCCAGACGCUCCUGUAUUUGUACAAACAUUUUAUCCUGUAUUGAAAAAAAAGAAAAAGAAACACUAA